AUGGCAAACGAAUUGGAAGACGUGUCGCUGCCUAAGGCGACCGUUCAAAAGAUCAUCUCCGAAGUACUGGAACCAGACCUGACCUUCAGUAAGGAGGCGCGCGAAAUCAUUAUCAAGUCCGGGAUAGAGUUCAUCAUGAUCCUAUCGUCGAUGGCUUCUGAGAUGGCCGAAAGUGAUGCCAAGAAGACCAUAGCUCCUGAGCAUGUGAUAAAGGCUCUAGAAGAAUUGGAGUAUAAUGAGUUUGUACCGUUCUUGGAACAGCAAUUGGCAGAGUAUAAGGGAUCGCAAAGGAUUAAGGAGAAGCGAGAUGCCAAGUUCAAGAAGUCGGGGCUUUCCGAGGAAGAGUUACUACGACAACAGGAAGAAUUGUUCAGACAAUCUCGUUCGCGAUUGCAUCAGACUAGUGUUAGUGGUGCUAGUAGCGAUGGUGUGAAGGCUGAAGAGGACGAUGUGUGA